AUGGUGAACGUCCUCAGCCAUCUUCCGUCACUCGUUUCAUUGGAUGUUACACCCAUGCCAGACACAAAGCUGUUGCCAGUCAUCCAUCAAUACCGACCCAAUUUGAAGCUGCUAGCUUAUCAUAGUAAUGAUCCUUGCGAUUUGGUUUAUGAUGACGCUCAACAAGGAUUGGAGAAGUUUUUCAUUGGACAACUAAGCGAUACGUACAGCUCGGAUGAUUUGAUUAUGACGUUGAUUCAACAUUGUGGAUCGUUGAAGGAAUUACGACUCAUUGGCGCUAUUACAGGGAACACCAUGACACUGGAAGGAAGCAACAUUGAAUUUGCACGCCUUGAGAAAUUGGAGAUUGAAGCAACGGAUGAAUCCCUUAUCCCUUUGACAACAUCUAUUAUCCAACGUGCUCCUCACCUUCAUACAGUUUACAUCAACCCCAUCGGAAGGGAAGAGGAGGAUUUAUUCAAUGCCAUCAUCAAUUUACGCCAUCUUCGACGUUUCUGCGCAUGGACGACUACCAAGCAUUGUCCAUCAUUUUCAAAGUUCCUUCGACACCAUAUUGAUCUUGGAAAACGAUCCACCCUUGAAGAAUUGGAAAUAGCUUUGGAAAUGUUUACAACUCCAAAGUAUUGGUUCUCUGCCAUUGCAAGGUUGCGCUAUCUACGAACCUUUAUUUUAUGGUUCUGUCAUCGUCCUACUGGUGGUGCAGGGGAUUAUGUGGAUUAUCGAUCCAUCAUGUCAACACUUUCAGAGGGAUGUCCAAGUCUUGAAAACCUUUCACUCUUUGCUACAUAUGCAACUAUACCUAAAGGUUCUAUUUGUCCACUCCAUGCGCAUCCAGGUCUUCGGUCAUUGACCAUUGAGUCACAAGAUGAAAUUCCUCCAGGCGAUAUUACGGCCAUCCUUGCUAUUCCGAACUUGAAGCAUUUGGUCCUUGACGUGCCCAUGAAUGAUGACAUGCUCCAAUUAUUACAAAGUAGCAUUCCACGAGUAGAAUACAAGUAUACUCCUACACCUUAUCAUAGAAUAGUAUAG